AUGUAGGGGUAUCUUUAUUUAGUUUGUGGUCUUUUGUUGUAGGUACUGUGAUUUUUGUUGUUUGGUUGUGAGUGACUUGUCAUUAUAUAUUAAGAUCUUUGGACAGUCCGGUAGAACCAAAGGCAGUACUUUACUGAGAAACCGGAUUUAUCAUGUCAGAAGAUGAAGAUUAUGAUACUUUUAAUGUUAAAAACCUCCAAGACAUUCAUGAUGAAAUAGAAAAAUGUAAAAAGAACCCUAAAACGGCUGGAAUGUUUGUGUCUGGUUGGGAUGAUGCUGAGCAAGAUAUCGAUGUAGUUAAAAAUCCUAAAGCCAAUCCUAUUGAUCAUGUUCUAUGGGCAGCAGAAAAUGGAGAUGUUGAUUCAUUACAAGAACUAUUAACAUCACAACCAAGCCUUGUAUCAGCUCGAGACUCUGAUGGAUAUUCUCCUUUACAUCGGGCUGCAUAUGGCAAUCACAUUGCUGCCAUUUCGUAUUUGUUAAGUGUUGGAGCAAAUGUGAGUGCUACAACAGAACUUGGCUGGACACCUUUACAUUCAGCAUGUAAUUGGAAUAAUUAUAAGGUUGUAGCAAGGCUGUUAGCAUCUGGAGCAAACCCCCAUGCUCUUUCAGAUGGUGCUCAAUCUCCUAUGCAUUUAGCAGCAGCUAUGAGUCAUAGUAAAUCAACCUUAUUGGUUCUGAUGCUUCGAGAAGACACUGUGGAUUUAGCGCAUAAACCUAACAACUCUGACGAGACUCCUGAACAAUUAGCCAGGGGUCAUGGAAUCUACUCUCCUUUAUUUGAAAUGCUGUUACCAGCUGCAUCAUUUAUUCAUUCCCAAGCAUUCACAUAUAAUCCUUAUGUUCGUGAGCAGCAUAACAUUGAAUAAAAUGGUAAAAAAAAACUGUCUAAAUAAAAGGCUGUAAUAAAAUCUA